AUGGAAGGUGACGACUCCAUCAGCACCUUGGGCCUGAUCCUCUGCGUGGGGCUGUCGCUGCUGCUCGUGUCCAUCCUGGGCUACAGCCUGGCCAAGUGGUACCAGCGCGGGUACUGCUGGGAGGGGCCUAAUUUUGUCUUCAACUUGUACCAAAUCCGGAACCUGAAGGAUCUGGAGAUGGGUCCUCCCUUCACCAUCAGUGGCCACAUUAGCAGUUCAGAUGGAGGCUACAUGAAGUUCUCAGACAGGCUGGUCUGAUGAGGGGAGUGUCAACUUUCUGGAGCCCCCAGAGAGGUGAGUGGAACAUUGGUGAGCUCCUGAUGUCCCAGUGAGUCUGAUGUCCCAGUGUGUUCCUCCAGUGGUCCAGGCACCCAAGCCUAGCACCAAAGAUGGCUUGGAACCCACGGAUGAUUUGGUUCAUCCUCUGGGGAGUGAGUGCUGUAGGGGAUGAUCUUGGGAGCAAAGACGCAGGAUCAUGCUGUCCCUGCCUCUUGCUCCUUUUA